AUGAUUCUCGACGUUUUGAACAGUGACAGUUAUUCAACUGAACUAAAUAUAGAUCUGCUUUUAUCCAAAUCUACUAAAGUUGAAAGUUUGGAUAAGUGGACUUUGUAUUAUUAUUCUGAAAACAGUAAAACAGAAGUGAGAAAUGAUAAUUUUAGGAUUGAUUUUGCAUAUGAUUGUUAUGGUCAUGCUACUCCAAAAACAAAUCUAGGCAAAUUUAUGACAAUAAUUUAUGCAUUAAUUGGAAUCCCAUUAAUGUUCUUAUAUCUUUCUAAUAUUGGUGAUUAUUUAGCUGAUAUAUUUCGUGUAAUUUAUUCACGUACAUGUAGAACAAGUUGUGAACGAUUUUGUUCUGCUUCAAUAUUUAAUAAUCAUAAUAAUAAUAAACAAAUAGAACAAAUAAAUAAAUUUAUAAAUAAUAAUAAUUUGCAACAAAAUGAACCAGUUGAUAAUGAUCCAAUUGUAAAUCCAACACAUUCACAUGGUCGUCGACGUAAACGAAUUCUUCUUCCACCAUUCAAUACAAAAAUUAAUGAUUAUGAUACUUCUAUGAAUAAUAAUAAUAAUAAUAAUAAUAAUAAUAAUAAUAAUUACAAUCAUAUUAAUAAUAAAGUUAAUUGUACAAAUAAAAAAACAAAAAAUGACUCGGUAAAUUUAAAUGAAAUUGACAAUAAAACCAAUGUAACUAUGGAAGCAACAACCACAACAACAACAUCAAGUUUUAAUAAUAAAAAAAUAAAAUUAUUUCAUUAUUUAAAAAAUAAACAAUUUUUUAUAAAAUUUUUAACAUAUUCACAAAAAUUUUGUGCAUUUAUUAAAAAAUCUUGUAUGUUACCAUUUGAUCAAUCAAAUAAUACAAUUGCAUUAACUCAAAAAGCUAAAAAUUAUCUACAUGAAUUAUUUCAUCCACCAUUUAGUUGGUUACAAAAAAUGAUGAGAACUAUAAUUUGUAAAAAUCAAUUUAAAUCUUCACCAGUAUCUAUGAAUGAUAAUACAGAUAAUAAAUAUAUAAAUUAUCCAAAUAUUUUCUUUCAAAAUAUUCAUCAAGGAUCAGAAUUUGAUUUAAUGCAUAAUAAUCCAAUAUCAACUAUCAAUUCAAAUACAAUAAAUAAUUUCUCACAUCAAACUACUACACUUAAUAAUCAAAUAGAUAUAUUAUCAUGUAGAACAACUGCAUUAGUUGAAUCGAAUAAUUUUAAUGAUAAUAAUGCAUCAACUCAUUAUUAUGAUUCAAAACAAUUAUAUGAACAAUUAACUAAAAAAAACAUUCUAUCUAAUCAAACAAUGAAAUAUAAACAUUAUAGUACACUUCCUUUAGUAACCAAUACUUUAAGUAAUACAUUCAAUUCUAGUGGUUAUAUAUUCACUUCACCUAAAUGUAUAUCAACAGUAGAAACGUUACCAAUAUUUAAUCAAUCGAAUUUAUAUCAUUUACAAAAUGAUUCAACAAAAUAUUUUACAUAUGAUGGACAACAUCGUAAAUUCUAUUUAAUGGCACGUUAUUUACGUUCAGCACAAAGACAACGUAGACAUAAACGACGUGUACAAAAACGUCUUCAAGAACAAGAACGCUCUGAAAAGAAAAGACUUGAAAAUGAAAAACUAUAUGGUACAUUAUUUAGUCAUCAGAGUAAUCAAAUCAUUGAUGAUAAGAGACAAAAUAUACAUAAAAUAAAAUCUUUAACUAACAUCUCUGAUGAUAAAGCUUCAACUGGUUCAACCAUACUCAGUGAGUCUGGUAUGGAAGAUUUUAGUGAUGGAAGAAUACGUUUAUUAUGCUGGAAAGAUAUUGAUAUUGAUUUAGAAGUACGAUCAAUAGAUGAGAAUUACGAUGAUAUACAUGGCCUAAAGAAUAUUGAAAAUACAAAGGACUGGAGCACAAAAGCAACAGUUGAUGGUGCAACUGUGAUAGUAAAUAUGAAUGUCUCGGAGCCGAUAUCUCAUAUGAAUAAAAAACGCUCGAUAAAAUGUUCUAUGAGUAAAAUAAGAUGUAAUCACAACUGUUGCAAAACUCAUAAUUCAAAAUCAUAUAUCAAUCUUCAACAGUCUACUCAAAAUAACCUAUCAUUAGUGCAUACUAUGACUGAACCAAAAAAUGAAACACCAAAGUACUGUACAAUGCGCAAUACAAUCUUAAGUUCAUAUCCACAAACACCAUUCGAAGUGGCAUGCUCAUCAUCUAAACCUUUUCACAAAUUAUUAACACAUUCGAUUUCUACAUCAGAUAAAGAAAAGCUUUAUGAUGUGAAACCAUUAUCAAACCCAAUUAGACCCAAUCCUGCAGCUAUACACAUGUCGUAUCAUCAAAUACCUAUGAAUGAACUCAAUGUUUCAAAAUCAGGUUUAUCAAGCCUACCAAUACACAAUUCACUCCAACAAAAACAAACUUCACAGAUUCCGACUACUUCUGCAAGUAAAGCUAACAUACCACCUAAACUAAAUCAAAAUUUAAGCUUUUUUCCAACAGUCACUUUACCCAAUUCCUUUCAUUACUCACAACCUAAUCAGUGUUCUACGAUGUCUUUCCUUCCUGGAUCCCAUAGUUUACAACCUGAUUCUUUUCAAAGGCUCUUACAAUCCACAGUAAUUUCCAAUCCAUUUGCAACAUGUGAAGAUGUUUCACGCGAUAUAAAACCUGAACAACUGGGUAGAUCGCGUCUUUCAUUAGCGUCAUCACGUGGCGAUUUAGACAGCGAAAUAGUUGUACAGUUAAGUUAUUACUCCCAACGUGGUAGUAAACAAUCGGAAGAUUUAUCAUUUUUUUCUUAUCGUGAUGGGUUUUCUGCAGAAGAGGAUGUAUCCAAAGUGACUGUACCAAUAAGUUUAUCACUAGUCAUUAUGACAACUUACAUACUUAUUGGAGCUAUUGUAUUUUCUAUAUGGCAAGAUCCAGAUUAUCUAAAAUGGUCAUAUUUUUGUUUUAUUACAUUAUCAACAAUUGGGUUUGGAGAUAUAGUUCCAGGUACCAAAAUUGAUUCAACUAAUCCAAAGGAAAAAAUGAUUAUCAUUUGUUUAUAUGUUGCUAUUGGUUUAUCAGUGUUUGCAAUGUGUUUCAAAUUAAUGCAAGAAGAAGUUGUUGAUAAAAUGAAAUGGUUCGCAUUAAGAAUUGGCAUAUUGAAACGUAAAGAAACAACAGACACUACUGAUAGAUCAUUAUAUCCUAUGAGUAGAAUUUGAUUUUUUUGUUGUGAAUUUCUAUACAUAAAUAUCCUUAUUUAUACAUAUUAAAUUACCAAUUCUGAUGGAAUAUAUUACUGAAAUGUUUUUUAACCAAAAUCAUAUAUAUUUAAAACCAAACAAUUUUCAAACUAUUGUAUAUAGAAAGAAAUAUGUAGUGGUUACAAGUGCAUUUAAAGAAUGAGUAAAUAUACGUACAUAUAUAUAUGGUAAUUCUACUUUUC